AUGGAUUGUGAAAUGUUAUCUUACAUCAUACUUAACCUUCUUUAUGAAGCAGAUACAGAAGAUGGGAAUAUGGACUUACAGAACACAACAAACAUCCCUGACUUUAUUUUGCUGGGCUUCCCUUUGCAUCAUGAGAUAAAGAAACUUCUAUUUACAAUUGUCUUGGCUUCAUAUUGUAUCACAUUGGUAACCAAUAUGCUAAUAAUCAUAGUAGUGAAGGUGAAUCCCAAGCUUCAUAUUCCUAUGUAUAUUUUCCUAUGCAACUUCUCAGUGAUGGAGAUUGGUUACACUACCGUCAUUAUUCCCAAGAUGCUGUCUGUGCUGUUGAUUGAACGUGUCACUAUAUCUAUGCAUGGAUGUCUGACCCAGUUCUACUUUGUAUUCUUUUCGGGCUCGAUUGAAAAUGUACUCUUAGCUAUUAUGGGCUAUGAUCGCUACCUAGCAAUUUGUAACCCUCUACGCUAUUCAUCCAUAAUGACCCAUCAAGUUUGUUGUUGGUUGGCUGUUGUGUCCUGGAUAAGUGGUUGCCUUAUUCCUAUAAUGCCAACUGUUUGGGUCUCAAAGCUGUUGUUUUGUGCUGAACGAGAAAUUGACCACUUCUUCUGUGAUUUUGGUCCACUGGUGAAGCUGUCCUGCUCUGAUACCUCAAAAGCAGUUACAACUUUCUUUGGCCAAGCUUGGAUCUUAAUCUUGAGUUGCUGUAUGGUAACUGCCAUAUCCUAUACCCUAAUUGUGUCCACAAUUCUGAAAAUUCCAACAGUUAAUGGUCGACAAAAAGCCUUUUCCACUUGUGCUUCCCACUUUACUGUGGUUAGCAUUUUCUACGGAACUAUAAUUUUCACAUAUGUGAGACCAUCAAACAUAAACACAUCUUACUUGGACAAAACUGUGUCUGUUUUUUAUUCGGUGGUGACACCACUGCUUAAUCCUAUAAUAUACAGUUUAAGAAAUGUAAGUAUUAAACAAGGUUUGCAGAAUAUGGUUCAAAGGCAUAUUAAUAUACAUUAGCAUUUUUAAAUUAGUUUGUAUU